AUGUCUCGACACAGAAAUGUCCGAGGUUACAACUAUGACGAAGACUUCGAUGAUGAUGACGUGUAUGGGCAAUCUGUGGAGGAUGACUACUGCAUUUCGCCAGCAACAGCAAAUCAGUUUAUUUAUUCACGUCGAGAACUUCAAGCCCCAAAGGAGGAGACGUUAGAAGAGGAAGAAUUUGAAGAUGAUGAUGUGCCUAUGUCCCCAACAGUCACCCAUAACCUAGACCCUCUUGACCAAGCCAAGCUGUAUUCGUGUCUGGACCACAUGCGGGCCGUUCUGGGAGAUGCUGUACCUGAGUCAGUCCUCAGUGAAGCUGCUAUAAAACACGGAUAUGACCCACAGAAGGCACUGGAUGCAGUUCUGUCGGGGGACUCAAAAAUGGCACCACCUCCAAAAAAUACCAAUGAAGAAGUGGCAGGAGUUAGUAUGGACAUUACUCCUCUACCACAGCGAGUCAAGAGAGAGCCCGCCUCUGAGAAAGCUAAAAGGGAUGUUUCUCAGAACAAGUUGGACUCUGAGGUGGUUCCUAAAGUUGCCCGCAUGACUGUGUCUGGGAAGAAGCAGACCAUGGGCUUUGACGUGCCAAGCACAGAGGAGAACGGCAUUAGUGCGGUGCGUCGAGGAUGCAGUCCGGAGAGUGCCAUGGCAACAUCUGCCCCGGAGCCCAAGCCACCAGAGACCCCCACCAAAGGGAGCGGAGAGGAGACCAGUACAGCUCCCACCCCCAGCAGAUCCUCAGGGAAAAACAGACAAGCCAUCAACAUCAAGGCAGAGCUGGAGAAGAGACAAGGCGGAAAACCUCUUCUGAACCUAGUGGUGAUAGGCCAUGUGGAUGCAGGGAAAAGCACACUGAUGGGACAUUUGCUGUAUCUCCUCGGUAACGUGAACAAGCGCACCAUGCAUAAGUACGAGCAGGAGUCUAAGAAGGCGGGAAAGGCUUCAUUUGCUUACGCCUGGGUCCUGGAUGAAACCGGCGAGGAGAGGGACAGAGGCGUGACGAUGGACGUGGGAAUGACCAAGUUUGAGACAAAUUCCAAAGUGGUGACCCUGAUGGAUGCACCAGGACACAAAGACUUCAUCCCCAACAUGAUCACAGGAGCUGCCCAGGCUGAUGUGGCAGUGAUGGUAGUGGAUGCGAGCAGAGGGGAGUUUGAGGCAGGUUUUGAGGCCGGGGGUCAGACCAGAGAACACGCACUACUGGUCCGCUCUCUUGGAGUCACUCAGUUGGCUGUCGCCGUCAACAAAAUGGACCAGGUGAAUUGGCUAGAAGAGCGCUUCCAGGACAUCACUUCCAAACUGGGCCACUUUCUGAAGCAGGCAGGGUUCAAGGACUCUGAUGUCUUCUACGUCCCAACCAGCGGCCUGUCCGGAGAGAAUCUGACUACGAGGAGCAGCGUGUCGGAGCUCACAGCCUGGUACUCUGGGCCCAGUCUGGUGGAGCAAAUCGAUUCCUUCAAGGCACCUCAGAGAUCCACUGACAAAUCUUUCCGACUGUGUGUGUCAGAUGUGUUUAAAGACCAGGGCUCAGGCUUCUGUGUGACUGGGAAGGUCGAGGCAGGUUACGUUCAGACUGGAGACCGGAUACUGGCCAUGCCCCCGAACGAAACCUGCACCGUCAAAGGAAUAACGCUUCACGAUGAGCCUCUGGACUGGGCUGCAGCUGGAGAUCACGUCAGUCUGACGCUCACAGGGAUGGACAUCAUCAAGAUCAAUGUUGGCUGUGUGUUUUGUGAUCCCAAGGAGUCAAUCCGAGCCUGCACAAGAUUCAGAGCGCGUAUUCUCCUCUUCAACAUAGAAGUGCCGAUAACCCAAGGCUUUCCGGUGUUGCUGCAUUACCAGACAGUCAGUGAACCAGCCACAAUCAAGAAGCUGAUCAGCGUUUUACAUAAGAGCAGUGGGGAGGUCCUUAAGAAGAAACCAAAGUGUCUGAGCAAAGGGAUGAACGCCAUCGUGGAGCUGCAGACGCACCGACCUGUGGCCCUAGAGCUCUACAAAGACUACAAGGAGCUGGGCCGCUUCAUGCUGCGCUACACCGGCUCCACCAUCGCCGCUGGAGUCGUCACAGAGAUCAAAGAAUGA